AGAUUUAAUGAAAUCAGUCUCUCGUUUAGUCACUGUAGAGAUUCAACUUUCGUCUAUCUUAGUAAUCAUUCUAAAAAUAACAUUUCGUCAAGAUGAACAAAGGAGUUUUACUCAUCCUCUUCCCGUGUCUCAUCAGCUUUAUACUGAUCCAGACCAUUCAGGGUAUGUACGGCGGAUAUGGAAUGAACGGAGGGUACGGAGGAUAUGGCGGUUACGGGGGAUAUGCUGGGUACCCAUACGCAGGCUUCCGGGCCGGAAGUUACUACGGCAACGCCCGCGAGAAUAUGAAGACCGCCGCCAUCUUUAGUAGUUUGAUCGGAUUCUUUGUUGUCUUGUUCCUGUUUAACCGUACAGGACAGAUCCUUGGAUAGACGGGACAAGUAACAACACCAUGUAACGUUAAUCACACACACAGGGGUCUACAGCAUGCAGCCAAAGAUUUUUGCGUAUUAUGGUUUUUGAAUUUUACCCAUUUUCUGUUAUCAAUAAAGCGGUUUAGAAAACA